AUGCAGAGAUUUGUAAAUCUAGGCGUUAUUGGAGAAGGUAGCUAUGGCAUGGUAUUCAAAUGUCUGCACAAAGCAUCAGGCCAGAUGGUAGCUGUCAAGAAGGUUCUAGAGAUAGAGACAGAUGAAACUGUCAGAAAGAUUGCUGCAAGGGAGAUUCGCAUGUUGAGACUGCUUCAACAUGAAAACCUAGUCAAACUUAUAGAGGUGUUUCGAGAACAACGAGAGCUGCAUCUUGUGUUUGAAUUUGUGGACCACACACUUUUAGAUGAACUCGAUCGCUGCACUAAGGGGCUUGAGGAAGAUAUGUGUCGGAAAAUGUUGUGGCAGGUGUUGAAGGGGACCCAGUUUAUUCAUUCACGCAAUGUUAUCCACAGAGAUAUAAAGCCAGAGAACAUACUUGUGAGUGAUAAAGGUAUUGUCAAGAUCUGUGACUUCGGAUUUGCCAGGACAUUAGCACUGAAGGGGGAGAACUACACAGAUUAUGUUGCUACUAGAUGGUAUCGGGCACCAGAGCUUCUUGUCGGUGAUAUUAAGUAUGGCAGAGCCGUGGACAUCUGGGCAAUCGGGUGCUUGGUGCCAGAAAUGUUGACUGGAGAGCCAAUGUUUCCUGGUGAUUCGGACAUUGAUCAGUUGUAUCUGAUACUAGAAUGUGGUGGUAGUUUGACCAGAAGGCAUAAAGAGGUUUUCCGACGCAACCCUUUAUUUAUUGGAAUGAGACUGCCUGUUGUGCGUGAAACUAUCAAACUUGAGGACUUGUUUCUGGACAGUUCAGUUUCAGCAGAGAGACUGCAGUUUAUAAAGCAAUGUUUAGAUAUCAACCCAGACAAUCGUCCAACAUGCAAUGAUCUGCUGAAGCAUGACCUGUUUACCAGGGAUGGGUUUGACAAGUAUUUCUCCAUGGAGAUGAAGCAGCUGCUGCAGGUCCAGAAGAUGCCCUUUGAUUCAAAGAUCGCCCUAACUGUAAAUGAAAAUGUAAAUGUCAGCUGUAAGCCAAGGGUUUUUCGAAGAAACAAGGCUGAAUUUGAGAGAAAAGAUUACAGACAUAGGAAGGGUUCAAACCCAAAACCUGCCAGAAAACAAGGAAGCUAUCCAUUCAGCCACUUACUCACCACUUCUUGCAAUAACUCAAACAAUAACAAAACUACUGAAUGCUCACCAGCUUGCGUUGGCUCUAAAAUCAUCUACAAGAACAGGUCACACAGCAACUCCUUAGAGUUACAGCCCUUCACCAGCGGUGACAGCCUUGACCCAAAGAAGGAUGUGAGAUAUUUUCUGUCCCCAUUGCUGU